GUUCGCUAACAGUGGCAGGUGGCACGCUGCCGCACACAACCACCAAGUUGCGCUCGCGAUAUCAUCCCUUUUGUAUAUUACACUUGUGACCCCAGUUUGGUGUAAACUUCAUUAACUGAUAAGUUUAAGACGAGUUUAUGUUACAACAUUGUAAAAUGUGAACUUAAUAAAAGUGUCGUGAAGUGUUCGGAGAAUACCGGCUCUGUCAGUCAUGUCGUCAAGUACGAUUUAAGUGCAAAAAUUGUCUUGCUUUUUAACUUACGAUGUUCUACAACUCUGUAUGUUACUGUUCAGCCUGAACCGUCUACUGGACAACUUUGGACUUAGUUUCAAAAGUCGCGUAGCGGCCUUGCAGGGCCGGGCGCGGCAGCGGCGCCGGCAUGAUGGACUGCCUGUGCCCCGCGCCGCGCACGCUCGCCUGUCGCGUGGUGCUGCUCGACGAGAGAGAGCUGCUGCACGAGAUACAGGAUAACAAUACUGGACAAGCUCUGCUGGACGUGGUGUUCCGUCACCUCGACCUUCUGGAGACGGCUUACUUCGGCCUGCGCUAUGUCGAUCAAGAUAAUCAAACGCACUGGCUGGAUGCGGGCAAGCGUCUGCGCCGACAACUGCGCGGUUCCGACCCACACACUUUCUACUUCGGGGUGAAAUUCUACGCAGCAGACCCAUGCAAACUCCUAGAAGAGAUCACCCGGUACCAGUUGUUCUUGCAACUGAAGCAAGACGUGGUGCGCGGGCGCCUGCCCGUCAACUUCGACCUCGCAGCGGAACUCGCCGCAUAUGUACUGCAAUCGGAGCUGGGUGACUACGACCCGAGGCGCCACGGGCUCGGCUACGUGUCCGAGUUCCGCCUGCUGGCGCACCAGAGCCCGGAGCUCGAGGCGCGCGCCGCUGAGAUACACCGCACGCUCACGGGAAUUUCGCCGGCACAAGCAGAAUUGAGCUAUUUAGAUAAAGUUAAAUGGCUUGAUAUGUAUGGUGUGGAUCUGCAUCCAGUUUUGGGUGAAGACAGCGUAGAAUAUUUCCUCGGGCUGGCGCCAAGCGGUCUUUUACUGUUACGUGGAAAACACACAGUUGCGAACUAUUAUUGGCCGCGCGUCUCCAAACUUUAUUACAAGGGACGGUACUUCAUGCUCCGUGUAGCAGACAAAAACAAUGAUACGUCAACGUACGGCUUCGAGUCUCCGACGCGGUCAGCGUGCCGACACUUGUGGCGAUGCUGCUCCGACCACCACACCUUCUUCCGAAUGCAGCAGACGUCGCCGGCCUCCGCCGAUAUCUUCGCGUUAGGAACCCGCCUAAGGACGAGUGGUCGAGGAUCAAGACCCAGGCCUCCGCCCACGUUCACACGCACCCCGUCACGACGCAUCGCUCGCCCGCCACAUGCUUCACACGCAUCACUAAAUGAUGUUCCGAAACUAGAAGACUUGAGAAUAAAAGACUGUCCCCCAGAAAUCAAACAACCUACCUCAGUACAUCGACCAAACUCGCUUAGAAUCAGUGGCGAAGUUAUGGGUAAUUGCGAAGGCCAAGCGGUAGGAGGUUCGCCGCGGUCGACUCGGUCAGCACCGAUCCGUCGUGGCCUAUACUCAGCAUCACCCACGGCCACCAGACCUCCGCCGGCACCACGACAUCGAUCUGCAUCGGUCGACUCUCAAAGCUCCAAUGAUUCCCGUUCCAAUCGCAAACAUAAGCAUCGUUCGCGAAGACAGCAAUCGGACGCGGAAAGUGAACUGUCGCGAGGAUCAGGCCGGUCCGGCCGCAGGCACCGACGUCACCGCUCCCGACACAAGCACGAGUCGGGCUCAGAGAAGGAUGACUCACAACCAGAUACCAAAGAAUAUGAACUGGUUGAUUCUGAGUCACAGUGGAAGGAAGUUUUACGACAAAGUACCGUAGGAAGCGGAGUCCAAGUCGCAAACGUUCGUCGUUCACAAAUGGAGCCAGAAACUGGGACGCAUCGAUCAUCCCACAGACACCGUAGACAUCGGAAGCAUCGAUCACGGUCGGGAUCUCCAAACGAUAAGAAAUGGUUGCCAAGUGAGUUAAAGCAGCACCUGGAAUUUUCAUUAGUUGACACGACUGGCAUGACAGAGGAGCAACUCAAGGAAAUCCCUUAUACCGUGGUGCAGACCAGCCAUGCUCGGCAGACCAAGCUCCGAACAUCAUCAAAGCAUAGACAAACUGAACACGGAUCGUUAGCGAGGCGAGAUAAAAGUUCCUCAUCCCACGGCAAAAACACACACGAUAGCCACAACCAAGGAUCUCUUCGGUCCAGCUCUAGUACACUUAGCACGCACCGGACCGGUCACGAGAAGCAUGGAAGACGUGUUUAUCCGAGCUACGAUGAACCCGUAGGGCGGGCUGGCGAUGAUUUCUUGACAAAUAAUGGUUACAAAGGCAACGUGACCCCAAUCUCGAACAACAACAACCCCUACAGCCCGGUGACUAACAGCAACAGCAACAGCUCGAGUGGCGAACUGAUCGGCAGCGCCCGCGUCUCGCACGAGCACACGGACUCGGGGCUCGGCGCCGAUCAGGACUAUGCAUACUCUUCGGAGAGGUCCAGCGACAGCGCCAAGUGCGGGGCCGGGAGCUCGUCGCGGACGGCGCCAGUGAGUAGGCAGUGGGCGGCGGGCGAGGCGGGCAUGCGGGAGGCGCGGGGCGCGGGCGGCGGGGGCGGCGCGGGCGCCGUGACGCGGCGGCCGCCGGCGGCGCCGGGCCGCGCGCGCGCCUCGGUGUCGGGCUCGCAGCGCUCGCUGCUGUCGGUGGCGAGCGACUCGGCCACGGCGCGCCGCCCCCGCGACCUCGCGCCGCGCUACCCUCACGCGGCUGACGGUGGCUUUUCUCUCUUCAGACAUGCUAGCAACAACAACAUAUUGGUGGGCGAGAGCGGGUCGCUGGCGCGGCGGUACGCGCGGCCGACGCGCGAGUCGCGCGACCACAACGCCAACGUGGCGCGCACGCACUCGCGCCUCGCGCACCGACACGACAACACCCUCGACAUUAUCCUUAAACCUCUCAUAGAAAGCACGCAGCUGCAGAGCAACUGAGUUCGGCAAAUGAAGCAACAUCUGGUGCUGCGGGCGCCGUCUUGCCUGGCAGCGGCAACAAGCCGGCCCCGGCCGCCGAGAUGAGUACCGAACUCUGAACCGAUACAAUCAUAGUUCAAUUGUUUUAUUGUUAUACUACUACGUUUCUACUUAUUAUGUUUGAUAAAUACUCACAGUAAUAUUCGUUUAUUAUUUGACUGAGUUAUAUAUAUGUUGAUGUUAUUAUAGUAGAAUGCGGUUUUUGAAAAACCAGUACCCCUAGGCUAUAGUUCUACAGUAUUUUUAUAAAACUUUUUAUAAUAAUGUAAUAAGUUAUAAACCAAUAUUUUGGCCUCAAGAAAAGAUUCUUACUGUAUAUUCAAAUAGCCUCAUUUUAAUGGAAUACUUAUUUUUUCCGAUUUACGUAGUUACAGAUAAUAAUGAUAACGCUAUAUUCAUUAAGAAUUAUGAAUCUAUUAUUGUUUUUGGUUAUUUUAUUUCAUAUUUUAUAUUUAUUGUAAAUAUAUUUUUGUAAAUAAAGCUGUCAAAAAUUUGAGUCUAUUAAAUAUUUCGAUGUAAACAUACAUUAUAACAACAAAAGUGUAUCGUGCCAAAGAUUUUGUGAAGAAAAAUCAGUUACGAAAAGUUAAUUUAUAUCUGUGUGUUUAUUAACAUAUUUUAUGGGUGUUUACCAUUUCGCAUGAAAUAUGUAUGUGUGAGUGUAUAUACCUUUCUAUGCCUCCACUUUGAUAAAAGUAUCAUUGUAAUAAAAAUUACCAACAUUUCAAAAUUAAUAUAUUGGAUAUUUAUUUAUUCAAUCACUUACGACGGGUAUUAAUUAAAAUAUUUUACCAUUCUCAUUAAUGUUAGUAAAUCUACGUACCUACACAAAAUCUUGUACAGUUGUUAUGUAGCUUAGUGUUAAUAAAUUCAAAGUAAUUUAGCUGUAGCCGGUAAACUUCCUGUGUAUUAAUAUACCAGAAUAUCAGACGACAAACAUAAACUCAAAGGUCCAAACUGUAAUAACCACUUCGUAAAUCUGAACUUUAAACCGUUAUUUUAUCACCUAUCUCGUAGUAGAAGUGAAGCGCAGUUCUAAAAUUUAUAUUAAUUUCUGAAAACUUUCAGAAUAGUUCAUGUAAAAUUGGAACAUUUUGCGGUUAUGACAGGAACCUUUGCUUUUUGCUAAUGUCGCAUGUUAAGCAUACAUUACCGAGCAACUGCUAUCGGGUGCACUUCAGAACGAGUAUGUGUGUGUAGGGGGAAGGGUCGGAAGGACCAUACCCAUAGAAUAGUCCUACAAUCCAUAGCUUUACGCGCUCCAUAAAAAUAAUAUUUAUGCGAUAAAAAUAAGCUAAACCGUUUUGGAUAGGCUGAAUGAGCCUUUAUCGCUGACUGCCACUGCCAAGCGUUUCGCCCCACGGCAACCUCCGUUGUAAAUAACAUUAGAUGUUAAGAUGUAAAUAAAUUGCAAUUGACGCAUCGAUAUGCUCAGUUUUCCAUAAACUGUUGUAGUGACUAGCUAUCUGCAGCCAACCCCACACAUUCGGUUACUGCAGCAAAUCUGAACUCUUUGUAAAUGAUAUUCCGUAACGAUGCGAUUAUUAUAGUCGGUCAAAUUGUGUAAUGUCAAGACUGAUAAGAUUGCGACUGUAAUGCUACUCACACAAGUUUUGUAACCGAUUAUAACAGUUUGUAUGUAUUUUUUCAAAAUCGUUUCGAUUGUUCACAUUAAACGAUCUAUAUCAA